CGGAAAGCAAUGGAAGGCGGCGGAGGCGCCUACGGGGCGGCCAAGGCCGGCGGUGCCUUCGACCUGGUCCGCUUCAUACAGCAGCCGCAGGUGCUGGCGCGGAUCGUGAGCGCGGUCUUCGCUCUGAUCGUGUUCGCCUGCCUGGUCGGGGAUGGCUACAUGAGCCUGCCCGAGAACCCCGAGCUCUUCUGCGUCUUCAACCACAACGAGGACGCCUGUCGCUACGGCAUCGGCAUCGGCAUCCUCGCCUUCCUCGCCUGCAUCUUCUUCUUCAUGGUGGACGUCUAUUUCCCCCAGAUCAGCAACACUACCGACCGCAAGUACCUGGUCCUGGCAGACCUCGGCUUCUCAGGUCUCUGGACUUUUCUGUGGUUCAUCGGCUUCUGUUUCCUGACCAACCAGUGGUCCUGGACACGGACCGAGGAUGUGUACAUCGGAGCAGAUUCUGCCCGUGCUGCCAUCACCUUCAGCUUCUUCUCCAUCUUCUCCUGGGGUCUCCUGCUCACCUUCGCUUACAAGAGGUACAAAAUGGGGGUGGAGGACUUUGCUCAAAGUUAUGCCGACCCCAGCCCGGGAGUUUCGACUCCCUACUCAAGCUAUCCCAACAUCAGCCACGAGAGCUACCAGCAGCCGCCCUUCAUGCAGACAGCCGAGGCCCCGGAGGGUUAUCAGCCACCACCAGUGUACUAAGCCCUGGCUGGCACCCGCGGCACGGCUGUACCAGUGCAAUUCCUUCCGCGGGGUGGGAGGGAGGGGUCUGAGACUUGGAGGGGACAGUGGGGCGGGAGGGUGAUGGCUGCUUUGUUUUAAGGUGACUGGGCCUUUUCAUGGGGUGCAGGAGGGGCUUCUGCCUGGUCCCGGAGCUGAGAUCCUCCCUGGAGGGUCCAGAGCCCAGUGUGCACUGUGUGAUUCGGCACACGAUGAUGUGCAGCUGCUGGGUGAGCGCUGCAGCUGCAGGAGGUUGGGUGUGUGGGUGGCCCUGGCAGGUAUGACCCUCUGCUUUUGCUGCAGUGCCUUGGUGGUGGGGUGCAGUUCCCAUCCCCUGACCCUGGCCAGGCUCUGCCCCUGUGACUGUUGCCCUGCCCCAUCCUGUCUCCAGUGCCUUUCAGCCCUGCUGGCUGCAUUCCCCAAGUGCCAUCUCUCACUGCCAUAGCACAGCCCAGCCCAGCUCUGCCUGUGCCGGCUCUGUGCCUUCCCCCAGUGGCUGCUUCUGGGUGAGCUGUUGCCAAAGCCCCUCUUACCUUGUCUCUAAUGCCAUGCUGUGCCUUCCCCCAGCCUGCACUAGAGCAGCUGGUGCUUGGAUGAUGUGGUUUGGGGUCUGUGGGAGCAGAGAGCACUGAGAUCCCUCAGCAGAGCCAUGGCUGAGGAUAGUCCUGGAGCACUUUCUUUCCCUUGUGUGCCUGCCCAAGUGCUGCCUCUGCUGCUGCAAGGCUGAGCUCCUGCACCCUGCCCAUGGCUCCCACCUGCACUCCAGCCCCACCAGGAGCCUGUGGGCCGUUGUCUCAGGUUGUGUUUGCUGCUGUGCUGUGGUAAAGCUGUUCCCAGCAGCCGUGUGGGCCACCACUGCUGGAGCCAGUGUUCAAGUAGUUGUUAUUGUAGGGUUGGAAUAAACUUUUUCACCAAGCCAC